AUGGCAUUAGUACACGGUCCUGACAUGGAAGCCUUGCGGAAGCGAAAAACUCCUGAUAUACAUUACAGGGAAUACUUCCUAUGGCCACACAUCAACAUUGAAGAUCUCUCGCAACCAAACAUACUCCCCCUACUAUUGAAUUCACGCAGUCGCAACUACCCAUCUGAGUUCUCGGGCGCAGACGAGGCCGCCUUUCAACUAGGACGAGAUUUUUCCGUUAUAGUGCCUAUAUAUCUUGAGGGAUAUACCAUGAUAAUGAAUGCGCCGGCAAAUAUCGAAGAUUACGGCAAAUUAAUACCAUCGUCUAAAUAUUCUCAGGCAUUCAGUUGGUUCUGCACCAGCCAGCAAUAUUCGGUGGGCGAGGGACUCCUCGUCCUUGAGAUACAGGAGCGACUUCUGGGCUUUCUCGUAGAUUGCUCAAAGAGUAUUCUUCACGACAUACCAGCAGAAAUUUUAAUAAGCGACACCUUCCCUGUUCAAGCAAACCCCGGACCCCCGUCGAAUGGUGGGCUCAACAGCUUGUCUAUAAUGGCAGCGGAAGCUCCAUAUAGGGUUCCUGCCAACCUCGACCUCGCCCGACUCGAGUCGCUUCUCGAGGCCAGAAUGUCCGCCGCAGAAGAUCACCUCUGGGCAUUGAGAGAGGACCCCAAUUACUUCUCCGAGAAUAUUUUUGAUGAAAAAGAGCAUCAAGAAGAAGUUAUAAAAGACUCGAAUGGCGAAACACACCCUGAAAUUAAGCCAGGGUGCGAUUCUAUCUUCUGGGUCCGUGUUAUAACUGGCGUAUUACUGGCGGCCUUGAUUAACCUUGAAGUCUUCUCCGAGCUUCACCGACAAGCGAGAAAUCUACGGGACCUACAGAAGAAGCACGAACACGAGAUGGAGGUUGGAAAAGAUUUACCCCAGGAGUAUUUGCUGGCCUUGCUCCAAUUUCGCUGGUACGCCACGCAGGUAACCCAAGGCCCGGUAAAGAAACUAAGUGGCGAAUUUCCUGCAUCGCCACAGUUACGGAAAUAUCAUGUUCGUCAUCCUUCGGAGAAAAACGCUGAGAUGAAAGCUGACAUCAAACUCAACGAUAUUGAAUCAAAAUUACUUGGGCUACUACGUACGUUGUGGCCUGAUUACUACUCUUCACUAAUAAUGGGUAUUGCCCCAUUGUUCUUAAAUGAACUUGAAAGGCUCAUAGGGGCCGAAAAGCCUACGUCAGAACUCAUAUCUAGACACAACGCUGCAAUCAUUGGAGACAUCAACAUCCUAACGCAAUGUGUUGAUCAAGUGAACAUGUACCUCCCGUGGGCAAGGACCUUCGACUACGAACUAAGGAAACAUGAAACGGACGUUAGAAAGGCAUAUUCCGAUGGAAUAAAACGAUGGGGUGGCAUAGUAGCUCCUUUUUCCGGCGAAAACCUCAGCAAGCUAACUAAGUUGUGCAAUCCCUCAGACCGAAGGUUUUACUACUCGAUAGAAGGACGGAGAACUAAAGAUAACGUUGAAAUGCUGCAAAAAGCCGAAGAUAACCUCGCCAAACUUUGGGGGGUGGUUGAUCAGCUUAUUCAUGACAACUGCCCAAAUCUUCACGGAACUAAGAUAGAACAGUUUCUGUCCCAAAUCCACAACGUACGCCGCAUCCCUGAGUGGAUUGAUCGAAAGUCUGACAUAAUUCAAAAGCCAGAGAAGGAAGCACCCAGCACUAACGAGGGUUCCCAGUACGGCCCAUCGUCGACAAUCUAUAUCGGGGUCCCGGCCGAGUCAGCCGAUAAGCUGGAGCACAAGAAACCUACGACCAAGACCAAAGGGGUACCAAACCCGACCCAGCCCAGCACCAACGGAGAUACCGAAGAGGAAGGAGGGGACGUCAUAGAAGCCUCUAUAUCCCUAGACCCUAAGUCAUUAAGGGUAUUCGGGAUUAUGCUCUCCGAUCCGGCGGAAACUUCGAACCCAGGGGAAAUUGCAUGGAAAGAUCUUUUACAUGCAAUGACGGCGACGGAACUCUUUGAGGUACAGAAACUAACAGGCUCAAUUUGGGAAUUCCGAAGAACGGAUGGCCCUAGAAAGAUUUUGCUUCACAAACCACAUCCAAGACCCAAGAUUCCAAUCACGAUAGCCAAGAUUUUCGCGGCCAGAUUCCAGAAAAUGUUUGGGCGGACUAAGGAGACCUUUGUGCUGAAAGAAAAGAAAGUAUAAUGAUAUUUUCACGUUCGGUGAGGACAUGAACAGCUAUGCAGCUAGUAUAGAGACAAUUCAAACAACCCUCUUCUCGCUUAAUAAACGACGAAAGGAUAACACUGAUGAGUAUACAUGUCCUCCUUCCCUACCUCUUACGUUAAUGCUCCACCGUACCUGCUUCUCCCUACUAUUAAGUAGCUAAGUCGCCGAUUAUUACCUCCCUAUACAUGUCCAGAAUGCUAUGAUAACAUCAAGGUUUCCUCCUCCGUACUCUCAGUGUAGCAGACAUGGGCGGUGCGAUAUGUCCAAAGAACCAUUGAUUAGCCGGACGCUUGGGGAUCGGCUCAAUAUCAUACAAGAAGGCGAUAUGUCCCAGUGCGAUCUUAAGUUGAUUUGUAGCGAAGAACCUCCCUGGACUAGA